AAGACAAAGAAACGCAAAGACGCUGAAAGUGUUUUUACUCAAACAAAUAUCUACUACUUUAGUUAAGUUAUUGUGAAAACAUUGCUCGUGUCUUCGUCGCCAACUGGGGCUGGAGACGGCAAAGAGUAUGUAGUGCGAAUGGCGAAAGUGGGCUCGUGGUAGGCGGUGAGAAACGGGGUGGUAGUGUUGUUCUGGGCGCAAUCAGCGUCUUCCCCGGUUCGCCAGCAUCCAACGCAGAACAGCGCGGUGUGGCCACAACAGUCUUGUCUUCGGCAACAGCAGGUUGUGGUGCGUAACGGAAAAGCAAGUCUCGGAUGAGUGUGAUCGCCCAUCCGGUAUCACAGCAUCCACGGUUAUCGAGUGCCCUUGUUGGUGUGCAAAAAUCCAAGUGAAUCGGUGCUACCACGAAUCCUGCGAAACACGCUGUGUCUUCCUCCGGAGUGAGUCGAAACGAGCAGUACAAACCCAAACGUAGCCUAGCGUCGAGCGUCGACGAUCCUAGCUAGGAUGAGCAACGAAAUGUCCUGCAAGGGAAGCCCCACAUCGAGCGCCAGCGCUCGUAUCAGCCUAGCCACGGACGAAAGCCACUUUAGUCUGGCUAGCCUCAACUCGUCCGUUAGCCAGGACGAGUACUUCCGGUGCCAGGGACACUCCGAUCUCGUUCUCAAACGAAUGCAAGAUUACCUCCAGAGCGACAAGCUAUGCGAUGUGGUGCUGAUCGCCGGCGUCGAUGGCCGACGGAUUCCGGCCCAUCGGCUAGUGCUGUCGGCUUCAUCGGCGUAUUUUAGCGCCAUGUUCACCGGACAGUUGCGUGAAAGCCAGCAGGAAGAGAUAACGCUACAGGAGGUGGCGGGAGAUCCCCUGAACUCACUCAUCCAGUACUGCUACACUGGCGCGAUCGAGAUCCGGGAGGAUACGGUCGAAACGCUGCUGGCUACCGCGUGCCUUCUGCAGCUGAGCACCAUCGUAACGGCCUGCUGCAACUUCCUAGCCCGUCAAUUACAUCCGUCCAACUGUCUUGGGUUUUCGCUGUUUGCCGAGCAGCAGGGCUGCACGGAUCUGCUGAAGCUGGCCACUGCCUACACCUGCCAGCACUUUCAGCAGGUAUGGAAGAACCAGGAAUUCUUCAUGCUAGAUGUCACGCAGAUGACCAACUUGCUGCGGAGCGAUGAUUUGAACGUACCGAAUGAACAGGAAGUUUUCCAUGCGCUCAUGGCCUGGAUACAGUACGAUCCGGAAACACGGAAACGUCACAUUCCUGAGCUACUGGGACUGAUCAAACUGCCACUGUUACAACCUUCGUUUAUAGUGGAUCACGUGGAAAGCCUGUGUGAAGGGACGAAUGAGUGCCAACAGCUAGUGAUGGAAGCGUUCAAAUGGCACCUGAUACCGGGUCGUCGAUCGCUGAUUGCCACGUCACGUACACGUCCGCGAAAGUCAACGAUGGGUCGGCUGCUGGCGGUCGGCGGAAUGGACGGCCACAAGGGAGCAAUCAGUAUCGAGAGCUACGAUCCACGGCUCGACAAGUGGACCAUGCUGAAGACGAUGCCGACGCGUCGUCUGCAGUUUGGUGUGGCGGUGCUUGAGGACCGGUUGAUCAUUGUGGGAGGACGCGAUGGCCUGAAGACGCUCAAUACGGUCGAAUGCUAUGACCUAAACACAAUGGCCUGCAGUUCGAACGUUCCACCAAUGGGUACACCGCGACACGGAUUGGGAGUAGCGUUUCUCGAGGGUCCGCUGUACGCUGUCGGUGGCCACGAUGGCUGGAGCUAUCUGAACACGGUCGAACGGUGGGAUCCGUCGGCGCGCACCUGGAGCUACGUGGCUCCGAUGGCGGCCAUGCGAUCGACGGCAGGUGUCGCGGUACUUGGUGGUCGCCUUUACGUCGUCGGUGGUCGCGACGGAAGUGCAUGUCAUCGAACGGUAGAGUGCUACGAUCCGCACACGAACAAGUGGACUAUGCGUGCUCCGAUGAACAAACGACGUGGUGGUGUUGGAGUUGGUGUAUUGAAUGGAUUCCUCUACGCACUCGGUGGACAUGAUUGCCCGGCCAGCCAUCCGGCCGUGUGCCGUACGGAAACCGUCGAACAGUAUGAUCCCACGACUGAUACGUGGACACUGGUCGCCUCGUUGAGUGUUGGAAGAGACGCCAUCGGUGCUUGCGUGUUGGGUGACUGGUUGAUCGCAGUAGGCGGUUACGAUGGUAAUCGCUAUCUGAAGACCGUGGAACAGUACGAUCCGGAAACGAACGAAUGGACUCAGAUCGAUUCUGUUGUACACAAUCGGGCCGGUGCCUGUGUAGUCGCGGUUCCAAACAGUUUCGGCACGACUCCAGCCAUUGCCUCCGGUGCGGCCGGUGUUGCCGGUACCUCCGGCACUUCGUUAGCCUAUGCCGUACCGUCAACGAGCAGCGGUCUACCAACGGUACCCGGAGUACACAAUAGCACUACGACCUGGCGUCCCAGUACCGGCGCCGGCAGCAACUAUUACUAUCGCAGACACUUCCGCAUUUGUGAUUAUUACGUAUAGACUCUUUGGACGAUCUGAGGAAUGAGAUAUUUUGGGAGCGAUGCAUUUAAGCAACAGCAUUAGAACAGGAGACGGAGAUCGUCAUUGAUUACUUUGAAACACGUUUGUUCUCUUCAAAUCUUCCCCCACUUCUAGUACACGUUUGAUAAUCUGUGAUUUUAGCUUUUUAUAUUAUUAUUUUCUCAGCGCAAAAGAGCGACACAACACUGUGAGUCUAUAUUUUAUACGCAAAAGAUGGAGGAUAAAAAUUAGAAAGUACAGCGAAGCCGAUUCCGAACUGGCGGAGUCCAUGGAAGCCAAAGAAAAGUGCACGACGACCGACUGAAGAUGAGGCCAAAGUGUGCAAUAUGCUUUGGUUAAGUAUUCCGGCCAUCCGGCUUCGCAGAUUCCUCCACGGGAAUGGGAAGGAUCUGAUAAAGAAAAAGAAAGUAUCGAUCGGCCUUCAAUCAGUUUCGCUGGUGCCAGGUGGUGAAGAAUCCCCGAAACGCCCCAAAAAUACUAUAUUUGCCCAUCGGCCACUGAUUCCGGGGGAUGUAUUUUUGCUAUACUUACGAAGAAGAAUCGAUUGAACCAAAUUUUCGAAGCUGAUUUUUUCCUUUUUCGCUCGCCAAUACGCAAAUCAAAAGGUGGAAACCGAUAACAAAACAACCUAUUUAGUGCGUAAGUUUUUGUGAAAAAGCGUACAAUGAUUGUAGAGAGCAGCGCACGAAGAGGAAUCGAGCUAAUAAAGUUGAGCAUUUUUCUAUGUGUGUUCCCGAA